AUGACAGUUCUAUAUUAGCAAUGGCGGCGAGUUCAAACGGUGUCGGUGCUCAAUUCGACCUGUGGAUGAGAACGAAGGUCGCCUUGUCUCUGUCACAAAACAAUGAGAUAGUCCAGUGGAAUAAGAGUAAGAAGAUUUGCUUUCCUGUAAAAUGUGGACGAGAAGUUUGCUCGAUUAAGUUCUGUCGCUCCGAUUCGCUAGUCUCCAUUAGGAGAAAUGCUGGCUCCGAGAAAUCAGAAGAUUGGAGAGCUAGAAUUCAAGCCGCAUCUCCAUCGUCCUUUGCUUCUCCUCACAGCUUUCUUCUUCAUCAGUAUGAUUUGAAUAAUAGUGCACCUACCGGUUCUUAUGUUUGUUUUUUCUUCAUGGAUCCUAACAGCUGCAGACCUAGAUUUCAUCACAAACAAGAAAAGUUUUACUUCCAUUGUACACCGAGAAAUUCAGGUCCUCGAUCUGGUGACAGUCCGCCUAAACGAGAUACUGGAAUUGCUAAUGAGAAGGAUUGGGGCAUUGAUAUGGUAAAUGAGAAUGUCAAUGAGAAGGGUAGUAAUGAAGAUGGAAGCACAUGGUAUAGAGAAACUGGAGAGGAUGUAGGAGAAAAUGGAUAUAGAUGUAGGUGGGCAAGGAUGGGAGGUCAACACCUUGAUGGUUCCUCAGAAUGGAAAGAAUUGUGGUGGGAAAAAAGUGACUGGACGGGGUAUAAAGAACUAGGAGUAGAGAAAUCUGGAAAAAAUGCUGAAGGCGAUUCAUGGUGGGAGACAUGGCAGGAAGUCCUUCACCAAGACGAAUGGAGUAAUUUAGCUAGGAUAGAGAGAAGUGCAGAGAAACAAGCAAAAUCAGGCACAGAAAAUGCUGGAUGGUAUGAGAAAUGGUGGGAGAAAUAUGAUGCUAAAGGCUGGACUGAGAAGGGGGCUCAUAAGUAUGGAAGACUUGAUCAACAAUCUUGGUGGGAGAAGUGGGGAGAGAAUUACGAUGGAAGAGGAUCUAUCCUAAAAUGGACAGACAAGUGGGCUGAGACUGAACGUGGAACUAAAUGGGGAGAUAAAUGGGAAGAGAAGUUCUUCGCGGGCAUUGGUUCACGACAAGGAGAGACUUGGCAUGCAUCGCCAAAUGGUGAACGUUGGUCUAGAACAUGGGGUGAAGAGCACUUAGGAAAUGGAAAGGUGCAUAAAUAUGGAAAGAGCACAUCUGGAGAAAAUUGGGACAUUGUUAUGGACGAGGAAACUCACUACGAUGCUGAGCCACAUUAUGGAUGGGCCGAAGUUGUGGGUGAUUCAGUCCAACUGUUAACCAUUGAACCUCGCGAAAAGCCACCUGGCUUCUUCUCAACCAUCGAUUUUAGGUCGUCAUCAUCGCCAUCUCCACCCGAUGAGAAUGAUAUAUAAUUUUCAAGAUUUUUAACUGUCACUAGAAGUUGGCAUUAAAACAGGGAAAUUGUGUGUCUUCAAUUUCAUUCAUUCUUUUCAUUAUUUGGUAUGUAGGACUUUAGGAGGGAUUGCUCUAAUGCCAACAAGACAAAUCUUUUAAUAAAUGAAGCAUACUAUAAAAGUAAUGAAAAUUCUUGUUUAGAAAA